UUCUCCUGAAAACCCCUAUUGCACAUACCCUCAAAACGAUGUCGUCUUUAUCUCGCCUUCUCCGCGGCAGUGGCACCUUUAACACUUGUACGAUCCGUCGGUUUUCCUCCGCCGCCUCGGAGACCACGGCAGCAAUCUCUCCACCUAAAAAAUCACUCAGCAGCAUCGUGAACGAGGAACGAAACCCCAAACGGAUCGUCGACAAGUUCAAGACGGCGUGCGAGUCCGAGCGAUUCCGAGCCAACAUAGCCGUCUACGACAGAACCGUGCGGCGUCUCGUCGCCGCUAAGAGAUUACAUUUCGUCGAAGAGAUUCUGGAGGAGCAGAAGAAGUACCCCGAAAUGUCAAAGGAAGGAUUCGCUGCUAGGAUCAUCUCUCUCUACGGAAAAGCGGGUCUGGUCGAAAACGCACGGAAGGUGUUCGACGAAAUGCCCGAGAGAAACUGCAAGAGGACAGCGAUGUCCUUCAAUGCCUUGCUUAGUGCGUAUGGGGUUUCCAAGAGAUUCGAUGUGGUUGAGCAGCUUUUCAACGACUUACCGGACAAGCUAUCGAUCGAACCGGACAUUGUGUCUUACAAUACUUUGAUCAAGGCGUUGUGUGAGAAGGGUUCCUUGUCCGAAGCUGUUGCAUUGCUUCGUGAGAUUGAGAACGAGGGUUUGAAGCCUGAUAUAAUCACGUUCAACACGCUUCUGUUGUCGUCAUAUCUGAAGGGAGAGUUUGAGCAAGGGGAAGAGAUAUGGGCGGAAAUGAGGGAGAAGGAUGUAGCGAGGGACAUCAGGAGUUACAAUGCACGGUUGCUUGGACUAGCCAACGAGACGAAAUCGGAAGAACUAGUAAGUCUCUUUGAAGAGCUCAAGGCUAGUGGGAUCAAACCUGAUGUUUACAGCUUCAAUGCGAUGAUUAGAGGGUCGAUCAACCAAGGGAAAAUGGAGGAAGCCAAAGGGUGGUAUAAAGAGAUUGUGAAGCAGGGUUAUCGUCCUGAUAAAGCUACACUGGCUUUACUGCUUCCUGCGUUGUGUAAAGCGGAGGACUUUGGGUGUGCGAUUGAGCUCUGCAAGGAGACAUUCAGUAAACGUUAUCUUGUGGGUCAAACGACAUUGCAGCAGUUAGUAGAUGAACUGGUAAAAGGGGGAAAGAGAAGAGAAGCGGAGGAGAUAGUGGAGAUUGCAAAGGACAAUGAUUUCUUGAAGUUCAAGCUUGAGCUGUCGUCUCAGUUGAUCAGUUAG